AUGACCAACACCGAACAUGACCAGCUAGUGCUGGAUGAGUUUAAGCGAAACAUUAAGAUGCUGGACGGACGCUACGAAGUGGCCUUGCCAUGGAAAAGUCUCAAGGGGGAGCUAGGCAGCAACCUUGAAGUCGCCGAAAAGCGGUUGCAAGGGCUUGUGAAACGUUUAGCCCACAGUGACGCCGCCAUCCAGCAGUACGACGAGGUCAUCCGGAACUACCUAACAAACGGGCACGCGGAGGUAGUCACCACCAACUGCGCGAAGCCUGGGCGGAUCUACUACAUGCCUCACAGAGCUGUGGUCCGUAACGAGUCAUCAACCACAAAGGUUCGAGUGGUGUUCGAAGCCUCGUCGCACGCGCCAGGUGUUCCUUCACUCAACGAUCAUCUGGAGAAAGGCCCGAAAUUAGGAGCAGAUCUAAUUCCCGUAUUGCUGCGCUUCAGAUUACACAAAGUAGCAAUCACCGCUGACAUUCAAAAGGCGUUCCUGCAGAUUGGCAUCAAAGAUGAAGACAGGAAUGCGCUGAGGUUUUUGUGGUUCUCUCAAGCUCCAUCGCAGAACAACCCACACCCAGACGUCCAGUGCUGGAGAAUGACAAGGGUGCCUUUCGGUACGACGUCAAGUCCCUUCUUGUUGACUGCGACUUUGCAGCACCAUCUACGGUCAGUGGACGAGCCCGAUAGAGACCUUGUUAACAAAUUAAUUGACGCAUUCUACGUCGACGAUCUGCUUCUUGGCGUAGCCAACGAUGAAGAAGGAAAGAAAAUCGUCCAAAAUGCUCAAGACCUCCUAGAGAAGGCAGGCAUGAAGUUAUCGAAAUGGACUUCAAAUUCAGCUGAGCUCCAAGACAUGUUCUUGAAUACAUGCGUUGGCAGCCUGAACGACGAGAAGCAGUUUUCAGAGCUGUCGCAGACCAAUGUCCUCGGUGUUGCGUGGGAUAGGCGCAGCGACAGGUUACGGUUCUCAGCGGAUCAUCUCAUGGAAGUAAUCUCUGACAUGAGAGACACCAAGAGGGCUAUAUUGGGAGCGUCCGCUAGGCUGUUCGACCCGUUAGGCUUCUUAUCCCCGUACACUAUCAGAGCUAAGAUGCUCUUCCAAGAGCUUUGGAAGGCGAAGCUGGAUUGGGAUACCAGAAUUCCUGACGAUUUGGCCAAGAAGUGGCAUGCGUGGCGCGCUGAGCUACCCGACCUACGGGACGUGUCCGUGCAACGAUGCGUACUCCCGGAGAGUGGUUCGGUACGGUACCAACUCCACAUCUUCACAGACGCCAGUCCAAGUGCCUAUGGAGCGUGUGCAUUCCUUCGAAGCACAAGUGACACCAUGGAGACGAAAGUGGUUCUACUCUUCGCCAAAUCACGCGUGGCGCCACUGAAAGUCAUCACGCUACCCAGACUAGAGCUACUGGGAGCUGUGGUUGGUGUUCGAAUCGGGAAAUUUCUACAUCAAGCACUGGCUCUACCGGAUGAGGAGAUGACUUUCUGGACAGACUCCACUAUUACACUGAGUUGGAUCCAGAGUAAAGCAAGCAGGUGGAAACCCUUCGUCAGAAACAGGGUAGCUGAGAUCCAAGAAAAGAGCAGUGUGCAGCAGUGGAGGCACUGCCCUGGGUAUGAGAACCCCGCGGACGCGGUGACGAGAGGACAAACUGUCAAGACGUUGUCUCGAAACAAACAGUGGUUUGAGGGGCCAUCUUGGCUUUCGAAGCCGGAGCAGUUUUGGCCGGAACAGCAUUAG